GACCCUGGAUCCCCGGAGCGUUCCCUCCGAGAGGACCCGGUGACGAAGAGCUCGCCGCUCCCUCGUCUUCAGCCACCUUCUGAGUUCAGAGUGUGAGUGAAAGAAACUCCGCGAGAAGAAGGAUUGUUUUCUUUCCUCUUUAAAUCAUCUUCUGUCUCCACGCCGCCGGCUCACUCCUGGCGUCGCUCGUUUCCUUGUGAGGAGGAGGGGACGGAGGAGGCGAGCGCCUGUGUUCCACGCCGGGGACAAGCGCUCCCUUGUGUGUGUGUCGCUGAGUGUGUGUUGUGUGUGUGUUGAGUGUGUGUUGAGUGUCUGUUGUGUGUGUGUUGAGUGUGUGUUGUGUGUGUGUUGAGUGUGUGUGUGUUGAGUGUGUGUUGAGUGUGUGUUGUGUGUUUAGCGUCCCCCCGCGACACAUUAGCGCGCCUCGAGGAGACAAUAACCCCGUGUGUGUGUGUGUGUCUUCGGGGACGAUGGGAUCGGAGAAGGACCCGGAGUCGCCUCGCUCCUCAGUGAGCGGCGUCCCCAAGUGCAAACGCCACGGCCGCGUCUCCUUCCACAGCCUGUUCCACAGCAAGCGGGGCCCUCGGGGCGCCAGGGGCCUCAAAGGAGGCGGCGCCGCCCCUUUAUCGCACCGCCCCCAACUCCACCACGCGCAGCAGCUCCUCCCCACCGCCUUGAGCUCGCCGCCCGCCGCCGCGGAGCCCACGACGCCCACGCCCACGCCCACGACGCCCACGACGCCCACGCCCGCCGAGGACGCCGCCCCCGCCGCCCCGUCCGCCCCGCUCUCCCCCGGGGGGGCGGAGCUCCUGGAGUGCCCCCUGUGCCUGGUGCGCCAGCCCGCCGAGCGGCUCCCCGAGCUGCUGGGCUGCGGCCACCGCUCCUGCCUCUGCUGCCUGCGCCUGUACCUCCGCAUCGAGAUCACGGAGAGCCGCGUGCAGCUCAGCUGCCCCGAGUGCGCCGAGAGGCUGUCGCCGCGGCAGGUGGCCGACAUCUUGGACGACGCGGCGCUGCUCGACAAGUACGAGGAGUUCCUGCUGCGGAGGUGCCUCGCCUCCGACCCGGACUGCCGAUGGUGCCCGGCGCCCGACUGCGGCUUCGCCGUCAUCGCCUCCGGCUGCGCCAGCUGCCCCCGGUUGGUGUGCCGCAGGGAGGGAUGCGGCGCCGAGUUCUGCUACCACUGCAAGCAGGCCUGGCACCCCAACCAGACCUGCGACUCGGCCCGCCAGCAGAGGGCGCAGUCCCUGCACACGCACAGCAACCACUCCCCCAGCUACACACAGGAGCAGGGCCCGGCCGAUGACAUCAAGCCGUGCCCGCGCUGCGGCGCCUUCAUCAUCAAGAUGAACGACGGCAGCUGUAACCACAUGACCUGCUCCGUCUGCGGCUGUGAGUUCUGCUGGCUGUGCAUGAAGGAGAUCUCCGACCUGCACUACCUCAGUCCGUCUGGCUGCACGUUCUGGGGGAAGAAGCCGUGGAGCAGGAAGAAGAAGAUCCUGUGGCAGCUGGGCACCCUGAUCGGCGCCCCGGUGGGCAUCACCCUCAUCGCGGGCAUCGCCGUGCCCGCCAUGGUCAUCGGCAUCCCCGUGUAUGUGGGCCGCAAGAUCCACGCCCACUACGAGCUGAAGAAGACGUCUCGCCACAGGAGGAACCUCGCCAUCACGGGGGGCGUGGCCCUGUCCAUCGUCAGCGCCCCCGUCAUCGCGGCGGUCAGCGUCGGGAUCGGCGUGCCCAUCAUGCUGGCCUACGUGUACGGCGUGGUGCCCAUCUCCCUGUGCCGGGGAGGAGGCUGCGGCGUGAGCAGAGGCAAGGGACGAGGCGUACGCAUCGACUUCGACGAUGACGACGGUCCCAUCACAGUGGCCGACGCGUGGCGAGCCCUCAAGUCCCCGAGCCUCGGCGAGAGCAGUCUGGACGCGACGCUCAGCGGUCUGAGCUCCGCCUCCCCCAGCGAGGGGCUCUCCGUGGCCCCUGGGACUCUGGGGGACACCCUGGUGGGCGGAGCCUUGGGAGCUCGCACCAGCAAGUACAGCAGGCUGGAGGUGCAGGCGGGGGAGCUGGCCUCUGACUCCGCCCACAGGGAGACGGGCAGCCUGGGAGCAGCGAGCGACUGCGCCAGCACCCGUGGAAUGGCCGGCUCCAUCAUCUCCACCUACACGCUACCCGACAGGGAGUGCACCAACCUGGAGAUCCAGGUGGACAUCGAGACCAAACCCAGCCACCUGUGCCUGACCAGCGAAGAGGACCUGAGCCCGCCCCCAGGCUCCGACGCCAUGGCCGCGGCCGCGGCCUCUGGGGGGGAGGAGCCUCAGGACUGCAGCUCCCGGCGAGGCGGCGCUCUGUCCGGCUCGGCGCUGGCGCUGUCGCCGGGCGUCUCCAUCACGGAGGGGCUCAGGGACGUCACCCUGGCUCAGCCGGAGAGCAUCCGCAGCGACCUGGAGAUGUCGGACACGCAGUCGGAGGACAUCGCCGAGCUGACGUCGGACGACUGCGACUCGCCGCACCCGAAGAGCUGCCUGCAGCCGCCGGCCUGCCGAGCCCUGAACCCGCUGGACGGCCUCCACUGCCCCGCGGACAGCAACGUCAUCCUCUACGUCUGAGAGCGGCACAACGAGACUCCACCUGAGCUCUCCCUCACUUACACCAUCUUCUUCUCUUUCUUUGAUCCUUUCUGGUUUGCUGCUUUUGAGACUCACAGACGGCGUCUUAAACACAGACAGGGUCUGUUCACUUCUGUCUGUCUGUCUGCCUGUCUGUCUGUCUGCCUGUCUGUCUACCUGUCUGUCUGUCUGUCCGACUGUCUGUCUACCUGUCUGUCCGUCUGUCUGUCUACCUGUCUGUCCGUCUGUCUGUCUACCUGUCAAUCUCCUCGCCGAGUGAAUUGUCAGGUUUUCUACCUCCUAGAUUUAUAAGAAGAUGCUUUAUGUUCACUCCUUGGUGCUCAAUGCCUCGGCUCCUUUAAGCAAAAAGAAAGACAAAAUCAAGUUACACAUUUUCCACAAGAAAUAUCGCAAUUGUGAAAUUUAAAUGAGCACAGUGGAGGGAAGACGGAUGUUUGUCGUUUCUAACGAUGUUUGAUUUGUACUCGACUGUUGUGGGUUUUAUUUUCUUAUUUUUCCCUCCUAUUUAUAUUGAGAUGGCCGUGAAGUUAUUUGCUUCACGCUCGUGUCGGCGUGAGAGGUGGAGGAAAGAGACGGUGAGCUUCUGUUACACUGGUGAAGGUUUACUUAAGAGGAUGAAGCUGCACUUGAAUCUCACUGUCCUUGCACAGAGGAGGAGGAGGAGUUUUGUUUUUCCAUCAUAUUAAAUAGAUGAUAGAGUUCUGACUGACGAGAGGAGGCCAGGAGACGGUGCGUUGAAAGCAUUCUGACCAGUUGAAGAUGUGAUGUGCCUCAAACGUAAUUCAUAAAUAACCCACUGAGGAAGUAAAUAUGAUGAUAAUCUGAAGUCCUGCUGGUUUUCUCCAAUCUCAACUGUUCUGGACUUUCAGUGAUCAGUUACCUGGGGAAGCUUGAAACUCUGGAGCUUCAACUGCAAACCAAACAUUCAGAAAACAUUCUGUCCUGAAACACCAACCCACAGUAGGUUCAGAUUUAUUAAAACUCAUCUGCAAUUUGAAAUAAGGCUCUAAAAGUCAAAUAAUAAUAUAAUUUAUUACAAAGAGAAACAUUAAUAAUGUCCUAUAUUACAAAGAUAACCAGUAAUGAUGCAAAUUAUUACAAAGAGAGACAGUAAUAAUAUCAUAUAUUACAAAGAGAACCAAUAAUAAUACAACAUAUUACAAAGAUAACCAGUAAGAAUAUCAUUUAUUACAAAGAUAACCUGUAAUAAUAUAAUUUAUUACAAAGAUAACCAGUAAUAAUAUUGUAUAUUACCAAGAGAACCAGUAAAUGAUCACCUUAGAGAACCCUGAACCGGGUUUAAAAGAUAAAGUGAAACAAGUAAACGAUUAUAAAUAUAUACCUGACUCAUUGAAUUUAAUGCUCAUUUAAUUCUCUCAGCUGUAAAAUGUGAUCGUUGUCAAAAGCUGUCUCCGUCUGGUCGCUGUCACAACUGUGUGUGUGUGUGUGUGUGUGUGUGUGUGUGUGUGUGUGUGUGUGUGUGUGUGUGUGUGUGUGUGUGUGUGUGUGUGUGUGUGUGUGUGUGUGUGCAUUUGUCCCACUUAGUUUUUUGAAUAAGCACUUGGGCACUUUAUGUGGACUUUAGCAUAUCUGUCUUCUUUUCUUUUUCUUGUUUUGCUGUUCUUCAUCUUUUACUACGAGUGACUUCCGUUCUGAGGAAACCAAAACACAUCACCUACCAGAAGGCCUUUCAUGUUGGAUGUAACUAAAGAAGAGUUUGGCUCCAGAACCCACGUCUGUCUUUUUUAAGGGCCAGUGUGUACGCCAUGUGCCUCUGGCGGCCUCUAGCGGCGAGGCUGUAGACUGCAACCAACUGAGACUUAUUCUUAACAAGGACGAAGCACGUCGGUGAACUACGGUGGAAAAACCCGAAUGUCCCUCUCCAGAUUCAGUGUUUGGCAUGUCCCUUCUAUGCUACCGUAGGAACAUGGCGGCCUCUAGCGGCGAGGAUGUAGACUGCAACCAACCUUAUUAUUGACAACCACGUCGGUGAACUACGGUGGAAAAACCCGAACGUCCCUCUCCAGAGCCAGUGUCUGAUUUGUCCCUUUUGGGCUACCGUAGGAACAUGGCGGCCUCCGUGAAGAGGACCCGCUCUACAGAAUGAGAAGUGUCCUCUAAAUGCUGCACUGGCCCUUUAAACACGAGGAGCACCCACAUGGUUUCUAUUCGGUGUUCCAAUGACUGUUUCUAUCUAUUUCUUGUUUUGUUUAUUAUCCUUUGGGGCCAAACACUUCACAUAUUAAAGCCCAUCGGCUCCUCUGAGUCACGCCCACUGGGUUUAGACGCGCGUGCUUCGUGUCACGUGUUUCCGCCUAAACACACACGAAUGUACCGAUGAGUGUUCAUGGAAAUGUCCCGUCGAGAACACAGGAUACACGGAGGUGUUCCCUUAUAGUAGAGACAGCAAUACUGAAGUAUUAUGAUAUUGUUUGUGUAUUUCCGGUGUGGGACUGGAAGACAACCUGUGGACCUUUUGGGAAAUAAAUAAAUAAACACAA